GGAAAGGAGGCAGACACGGGAGGUGGUUUUAAUCUUCUGUGUACCUUUUUUUUCUUUUACACAUUCGACACUUAUCUUACUUUGCAUUCUGGGCAAAACUGGUAUAAAAAGGACCCCCACCUGUUCACGCUAUCUGACAUUGGAUCAUCAGAACUGCCCACCAUGAAGGUUGCUGUUGUUGUCGUGCUGCUUCUCGUCGCUGGUCAGCUGCCCAAGAAUGAGGCUGCCUUCCUGAGUUCGCUCGGGGACUUCUUCAGCAGCGCCUUGGAGUCGUUCAGCAACACGGCACUGCAAGCGCUCGCCAACGUUGGAGAGCGACUUCUCCGCAAUGUGACUGCAACCACCACAGGCCUCUUGUCGGAGACAGGACAAAUGUUGCUCUUUGAACUCGGCGACCUCGCAAACUCUAAGAGCGGAACCGGAAGUACAGGUGGAAAGCGUGACCUCAGCGAACUCUUGCACGCUCUGGAGCAGCUGAAGCAGGAACUGCCUUCUGAGCUUUCCACCGCGUUCGGAGAACUGAGAACUGAGGCCGAAAAAUUCCUGCAGGGUGUUACUCAGGUCGUGGGACACCUGACCACAGGUCGCAUUGAUCCCCAGGCUGUCUUGGAAUCUAUUCCUGAGCUGGAGAAGACAGUGGAGCGCCUCACCUCUGGCUUCAGCGACAACUUGGUACAGAGGGUGGGCAGCCUCGUCUCUCGUCUCCUGGGUAUCCGCAGCCGCCGCACUCUUGGUCUUCUGGAAGGUCUUCGCCAGUCCGUGGAGAGUUUUGUGGAGCCCCUGGUCAGCACCCUCCGCACUGACCUGGGCGUAGUGACCCAGACAGUUGAGUCUCUGGCCCGUAACCUGCUCUCUGGCACUGACCUCGGCUCUGUCGUCAACAACCUCCUCGGCAACCUUGGACUUCUUGGAUAAGCAAUUUACGAGUGUCAUCUUACAAAAUAAGAUCAUCUGCACCCAGGAGAAACUGAGUACGGUCCAGUGUUGCAGAAUGCCAGAUGUGAAACCAACUUUAAAAACCUGUCAGUUUAGACUCAAUAAACACAUUUCGUCUUAAA